CUUGACUACGCCACGAUAUCCUUUUCGUGUCUCCCGGUCUACUCAUUCUUCGAAAGUGGCCUUGGAUUUGGACGCGACAAGGAUCGCUACUUAGGUCGAAAGAAGGGCAUUUUCAUCCCAAAAGAUCAUUGGCAAUGAAGCCUUCGAUCCUUGUUUUGGCAUUGGUUUUGAUCUUGGUAGCUCUCGAGGCAUGGACGAUUCGAGCGGAGCAACAAGCCCACACUCCAGAAUCCAAUCCAGUCCAAUUGCAGCGCCGAUCUAGACCACGAGCUAGAGGCGCGGGCACUAGCGGCAGCGCUGAAGUGGAGGUGUCGGCGCUUGGGAUAAUCGGAAUUGUCACUGCCGCCAUAGCCGCGAUUGCGUAAAGAUUCUUUGUAUAUUCUUUGGCAAUGUAAAGCACUCUUUUUUCUUUUCCUUGGAAGCCCUGAUGGGUCGUGUGUUACCAGCGAGUGAAGAGCCGCCGCCAGCGCAGGAGUGUGAGUUUGAUGUAGAUGAUCUUCUCCAGGCUGCAAGGUAUGGAGAACUCGAGGAAGUCAAGCUCGUUGCUCCUCUUUUGCCGCAGAAUUCACAUAACGAGCAGGGAUGCACAGCAUUGCAUAUGGCUUCUGCCAAUGGUCACUUGAGCAUUGUUAAGUAUCUCAUCGAACGAGGAGAAAAUGUUAAUGCUUGCAAUGCCGAGAACAAUACCCCUCUUCAUUGGGCUGCUCUAAAUGGCCAAGUUCAGGUUGUGGAGGAGCUUAUUGCUUCGGGAGCUAGCGCCUCAGCUUUGAACCGUUACGAUCGGACGCCGGUAGACGAGGCCCUGUCUCGGGGAAAACAAGAAGUCGUGAACGCCAUAGCAAUUCUCACAGCCGCGGCAUCCAUGGACGACACAAGUAUACAAGAAGAGAUUAACUAGUAAUUUAGUUGAAGAAGCUGGUUAGCCUCCUCACAGCCUGGGGCUUGAGGCCAUGGUGGAUAUUAGAUAAGCUCGCGUCUAUUUCCUAACAAUCGAUCGCUCCAUUGUAGAUCAAGCUUUCCCAGACCAUUCAAAUUAAAUUAUGCUUUAUGCUUUACUUU